AUGGAAAAUGGAAAAACAGAAGAAAUGCUGGAGGGUGUGUCAGAAGAUAAACACGAGACCGUGGAGGAGCCGAACCUGGAGAUCGCUCAGCUGCAGGGCCUGGUGGCUGAGCUGCGCGAGGGGCUCCACGCCGCUCUGACGGAGCUGCAUGACCUGCACCAGAGGGACCACGGCCUGGAGGAGAAGCUGCAGGCGCAUCAGACCGACGUGGACGACAAGAUCAUGGGCCUGAAGAACUCACUCAACACCUUCAAGGAGGAGCUGAAUGUGGCUCUGUUCCACAUUAAGGACGUGUCCAGCCGACAGAGGGAGGUUCAGAAGAAGAUGGAACAGCUGCAGACGGACAACAGCAGUGACGUCAUCUCGGUUCCACACAGCAGAAAGAGCUCCAAGGCAGAUGUGCUCCCGGGGGAGGAACACAUCUGUGUGGCCGGCCAAUCAGAGCUCAGCGUUUUCCAACACUUCUUCUCCAGCCUGCCACAUGGUGGGUCGUCCCAGAGGAGCAACACAUCACCACAGACCUUUGAGCAGGAGGUGCAGCUGCAGAGAGGUUGUCCAUCCUGGGGGGAGAGGAAGACGAGCAGAGACGACCCAGAUGCCCUCACCAGUCCAACUGAACCCAGUAAGAGGCAGAGAGCUGCUCUGGAGCUGCUGGAGUCAGAGAGAGUCUACGUCUCCCACUUGUCUCUGCUGCUGAAGGCCAACAUCUCCUUCAACGGGUCGGAGCCCAUCGCCCCCAAGGACAAGCGUCCGUUUCCCAGCUCCCUGAGGUUUCUCAUCCAGCAGCAUCUGGAGCUGCUCCACACUCUGCAGGAGCGAGUGCUGAAGUGCCAGUGGCAAGGCAUCAUGGGGGAUGUGUUCAUGAGGCUGACCAGCACAGAGAGCGACUUCUUGGAUUUCUACGUGUCCUACCUGAAGGAGCUUCCAGACUGUUUGUCCGUCGUCUCCAUGCUCGCAUCCAGCUCCAUGAAGACCUCUGCCCUCCUGGAGAGCGACAUAAUGGGCGACGAAUCCAAACCCUCCCUCCACACUCUGCUCCUCCAGCCGGUCCAGAGGAUCCCAGAGUACCUGCUGCUGCUACAGGGGCUGCUGAGGCAGACUGAAGCCGAGCACCCAGACUACUACCUGCUGCUGGUGUGCAUCCAGCAGUUCCGGACCUUCACCGCUCAGUACCACCACCUGCUGCAGCACAACCAGGAGCUCCUGCUGCACAACCGCCAGGAGGUCAAGAGGUCGACUAUGAAACAGCUGCUGAUGACAGUAGAGAGUGGGAUUAAAAACAACAACAUCGGCUCUCCGUACCCGUGCAGCAGCGCCGCCAUGCUAGAACAUGCGAACCAGGUGAAGCGCAGCAAGCAGCGGCUCCUGGAGCAGAUCCGGUCCCACCGGUUCCAGGAGUGGGAUCGAGACCCGGAUUCUCACUGUUACGACUCGGAGUGGCCGUCCCAGCUCCCGUUCUUCAACCCGGUCCUGGACUCACGGAACCACAAGCCCACGGGUCUGGGCAGUAUCCCGGAGAGCGAGUCGACUGAGCGCUCCAUGUCGUGUCAGCAUCAUCUUCCCUCCAGAGCGGCCGACUUCCGUCAGGUUCAACCCGGCUCUGCUCUGGCCGAUGCUCUGGGGGAGUUCCUCCUGCCUCCGGACCCCCCGGGGAUGGAGAGCCUCUACGAAGAGGACGGCCGGUCCCUCCACGACGUCUCCAUGUUCGACCAGUGCUCCUCGGCCUCCUCGGAUUCCUCCAUCGACAUCGCCUUCGUGAAGUGCCCCAAGGCCCCGGCCGCCUCGCACCACGCCAUGGCAUCGAACGUGUCCACGUCCCGAGACGUCUUCGGCAACGGCGGAAGCCACGGCAAUGGUUUUGGCAAACUGCCCAACCGAGGCUGCGUGUCUCCGGACGAGGCUGUGAUGAUGCGCCGCCAUCAGCAUCGCCCCCUUCAGGCCAGCCAGCGUAAGAGCAAGUCCCUGAACGGCCUGCAGAUGGACAACACGGUGAGCGGCCUGGACGGGGCCCCUCUGUCCGACCACCUCCAGAGAGUCGGGCUGGGCAGCCACGCCAAGCUGGAGCGCCAGGGCAGCAAGGGCAGCAAAGGGUGUGCCACGCCGUCCCGUAAGGGCCACAGCCCCAUGGGGAGCCGGGCGGACGCCGACAAGCAGAGCGGGGAUCUUCACGGGCUGCUCAGCAUUGACUCCGGGAUCCAGUCGUGGGGCGACGAGUCAAAGUGGAGGACGGAGGAGAACAACCACUCCCACUUCAGUGAGAGGAGUCGGAAGCAGGACAAAGGAGGCUUCAGGAGCUCCUUCAAGAAACUCUUCAAGAAGAAGAGCAGUGAUGAGAAGAAAGACAAAGGUGGAGAGAAAGCAGCAGAAAACCAGAACAGCUGUGACCACGAGACGUCAGGGAAGAAUUCCAAACUGGUUCAUCUGGAGAUAAACCGUGGCACAGCCGUGUGAAGGCCGACUCCACCGCACAGAGGAUCUCUGUGUGAGGCAGGAUCUCUGUGUGAGGCCAAGGGACGUCUCAGUCACAGCUGCUGUAUAAAUGUACAGGUAGAAGCCAUAUUUCCUCUAGAGUAUAAAUCAGAUUUUUUAUGUAAAAACACAAAGUCCAGCCCCCGGCCUUCACACUGCACAGAAACUAUAUGACAUUGUGGAUAACACCAUUUUCUUUUUUAUUAUUAUUAUUUCAUCAUUCUUACGUUAAAAGGCACAAACAGACACACAGGUUUUUUAUUUUAAAUUCAUUAAGCUACAACUUCACAGCUCAUUUGAAUAGGUUGUUACACUACUCCACCACUAGAUGGUGUACUUUAACACUCUCUGCUCUCCCUCCAGUUAACGUCUCGUUUAAAAUCCAACUUUUAAACUGUGAACAUUUUCCUGCUGAUAUUUUUCAUGGCUGCUCAAUUUCCCAUAACUCAUAACUUAUUAUAUUGUGCAUAUAGUCACGAGAACAACUGGUAUUCUAUUCUUAUUUCUGUAUUUUUCGGACGUUUUGUUUAAAUAAUUAAAAAUAAUUGAUGAUCAAAUGUUUUUCUUAGACAGUUAAUUCAAUGCACUGAAUACAUUGUGUUGUUGAAAGAUGAAUGUGACGUCAAGUUC